AUGAUAGGACAUUUGUCCAACAGACCGUUCUUGGAUGUCAUUUAUUUCGUGAAAGCAAACAAUCCCGAGUACAAUUUGAGGUAUUCAUUUGGUUUAUGGACGUAUUGUCAAGGCCCUUAUGGAGGCUCCAUACAAAGUUGUAGCUCACCCAAGGCGGCAUACGACUGGGCCACCACGCCAGGAUUCUCCCUAAUGUUACCCUAUUAUGCCUCCAGCAAGCAACUUGAAUCUCUCUUCUUGGCGUUGUUCGUUCUCUACUUUAUCGGAUUGAUAUUCAGCUUUUUGCUGUGGAUUGCUACUCUUUCCGUGUCACUUUGCUGCUGCAUCAAGCGAUUUCGACACACUUCAGGCAAUCAAACCUUUGACGUUACCAUGGCCAUGCUCUGUGGCUUGAAUUUCUUCAUCAUGCUGGUAGCGUUGAUAUUGGCGCUUGUGCUGGUAAUUGGUAGUGUCAAGGCCAUCUCAGGGGCCAGCAUUUAUUGGAACGGCCACGCAGGUAACUCCCUUUGGUUAACUAUUGCAGCAGUUGUAUCAUUAUUUCUAGCCGCUGUCUGUUAUAUGUUUAAAGCAUGCUGUCAUCAUGGACAAUAUAACGGUAAUAGUAGAAUCUCUGCUGAUCUUAAUAAGAAUCACGCCUACAGAAAUCAGCCAUUUGAUUUGACACUUCAUCAUCAGCCUUAUUAUGCCAAUACAUCACCCAUGAUAAGCAAUCAACAUGCACAAGAGCAACCUACACUUCCUCAGCCACAUUUAUUGCAACAACCCACUACGAAUCAAAACUAUUCGUAUCCUCAGCAGCAACCACAGCAGCAACAACAACAACAACAACAACAACAACAACAAGAUGUUUCCGUCUCAAGUUUAUCUCAGCAGUACUCUCCAGGAUUGCAACCCCAAUUUCUAGUCCCUAUUUACGGAUCUAAUGAAAAUCCUCCACCUAAUACACGCUAA